AUGAAACCAAAAACAAGUCCCAUUUGGAACUAUUUUGAUGAAAUCGACGACUCGAGUGCCAAAUGCAAACUUUGUGAAAAAGUGUAUUCGCGAAAAGGCCGCACAACUACAGCUUUAAAGAGUCACCUAAAAUCAAUUCAUGCCGAACGGUUUGCAGAGUUUGAGAAGUUAAAUGAUGCUGUCAAACUUUCAUCGGAAACGAAAAAAGAAAUGGUUACGUUAACUCCAACCGAAAACGCUAAAAGACAAUUAACAUUACAACAAAGUCUACAAGUAAAGGAUUAUUGGGAUUCAUCGCAUCACAAAUCUCAAGAAAUGGAUCGUACGAUUGCUGAAAUGAUUGCCCUCCAAAACUUACCCUUUCAUUUUGUCGAAGGUACAGGAUUUCGUAGAGUAAUGCAAGCUGCUCUUCCAAAGUACAAGAUAAGAGGCCGUGAUUUUUUUUCUUCCUAUGUGUGCGACAAUUUGUACAAUAAGUUAGCAAAGAAAACCAAAGAUUUACUUGAAGAAUUUGACAAGUUAUCUUUUACAAGCGACAUAUGGUCGGAACUUCAUUCUGCUGUUUCAUUGCUUAGUUUAACUGCUCAUGGGAUCUCAAAAGAUUUUCGCAAAAAGACUAUAAUUUUGAAAUGUGAAGUCAUGGAUGAACGUCAUACGGGCACCAUAAUAUCAACAAAGUUUCAAACGAUUCUUGAAGAAUGGGGCAUUGAUCGCCAAAAAGUUCACUGCAUGGUUCGUGAUCGUGGAUCCAACAUGGUUAGAGCAAUGCAGUUGUCAGGCUUUGAGGAUAUCAGUUGCGCAAUACACCAAAUUCAGCUGUGCAUACGAGCAGGUGUUGAAUCUCAAGAGUGGCUCCUACAACUUAUUGCUAAAUUGAAAAAAAUUGCCACCCAUUUCAAUCAUUCCUUGGUCGCACAGGCAGAGCUUACAAAAAUUCAAAAGGAACGCCUUAAUCAGUCUCCUCUUUCUGUCAUUCAGGAUUGUCCUACAAGAUGGAACAGCACAUUCUACAUGAUGGCAAGGUUUUCAAAACUCAAAGAUUCGCUUGUCUUGUACCUAAGCGCAAAUCCAAUCGCGAUGAUAUCCCCCGAAGACUGGAUGAAUAUUCAAAAAUUUGUGCAAUUGAUGCAGCCAUUUGAAGAAAUAACAAGAAAUCUAAGUAGUUCUCAAAUCAGUAUUUCAUUAGUCAUACCAUUAAUUCAAGUUCUUAAGACCACAUUACAACAAGAAGAGACGAAACCUAAUACUUCAGAACAAUUCAUAAAUUUUAUAACAAAAUUACGCGAUGAAUUGAAUUCAAGUGUAAGAUUUGGAAACCUGGUCGAAGACGACAAAUACACUAUUGCGACGUAUUUGGAUCCGCGAUACAAAUCGCAUUUUUUCACCAGCGUCAUUGCAGAGCAGGUUGAAUCUAAAUUACUUAAUAUGACGAUUAACACUAUUAGAACCAGACAAUCCAAUUCCAUCCAAGAUGAUGACUGCGAACCUUCCCCCAAAAGAAGCCGAACUCAAAUUGCAAUUGAAGACAUUGAAGUCCAGCCUUCUACUUCCAAAUCAUCAGCAUCAUUGCAAAUAUUGGAAUCGAUGUUAAGUGUAAAUGAAGACCAGGAGGAGGACUCUUCUACAGCUGACGAUGGUGACAAUUUACUUUUAAAGAUACAGUCACACCUUCGGGAGUACAAGAAAGAAAAAAGGCUACCUCUUCAUGAGGAUCCCCUUAUGUGGUGGAAUGGAAAUGCGCACAAAUAUAAUAAUAUUUUGCCAAUAGUUCGCCAAUACUUAUCAGCUCCCCCCAGCAGUGUAGCCAGCGAGCAAUUAUUUAGCGGAGCUGGUUUAAUAUAUGAAGAACAUCGAAAUAGGCUGAAAGGUGAAAAAGCGGCCAAGUUACUCUUUAUUAAAUAUAACUUGCCGCUGUUUAAUUUUGACUAC